CCAAUGGGCAGUCGGGGCGGCGGGGAUCCGGCUGGAACCGGUUGGGCCGUGUCCGGCUCUAUAUAAAACUUUAUAAACACCCGAUUCAAAUUAGUGGGGUCGCGAGCGACACGAGCGAGCCCAACCACUGGAGCUUGCCCCCUCCCUCCUCUCUUCGCUUUUUUUCUUCCUCUUCCCCCCAUCCUACUCGCACGGCUUUUCCCCCGUGACCGGCCGAGUUUCUUCCUCUCCUGUCACCUGCAUCUUCUCAUUUCUUCUUCCGCCGCCACAACUGAGCCGCCUUCUCUCCUUUUCCACCUUCUCCGUUUUCUGUCAUACGCCGCAGAUAUGCCCAAGAGAAAGGCUGAAGGAGAUACCAAGGGUGAUAAGGCCAAAGUAAAGGAUGAGCCACAGCGGAGAUCAGCAAGGUUAUCUGCUAAACCUGCUCCUGCAAAACCAGAAGCUAAACCUAAAAAGGCAGCUCCAAAGAAGAGUGAGAAGGUACCUAAGGGAAAGAAGGGGAAAGCUGAUGCAGGCAAGGAUGGGAACAACCCUGCAGAAAAUGGAGAUGCCAAAACAGACCAGGCACAGAAAGCCGAAGGUGCUGGGGAUGCCAAGUGAAUUGUGUGAAUUUUUGAUAACUGUGUACUUCUGGUGACUGUACAGUUUGAAAUACUAUUUUUAUCAAGUUUUAUAACAAUGCAGAAUUUUGUUUUACCUUUUUUUUAAGCUAUGUUGUUAGCACACAGAAUGCUUUGUUGUUGUGUUUUGGGGGAGGAGGGGGCAAAUGUAAUUGACUCUGUUACUUAGAACCUGGGCUUUUAAAGGUCCCCUUCAUCUUUGCAAGAGGGAUUCUUGGGCACAAGAAAGGAGGGGUUUCCUGAUACUGUAAAUCUGUUAUGUUUUCUGAAAUGCCUUUGAGUAAAUAUUGAAUUUCUCCACUACCUUUGUCUGAGGAGGCAGUAAGUUUUAAAACUGUAGUUAGACUGUUUUCAUUGUUGUCACUUGCAUUGCAUUUAUCACUCCUUUGGGAAUAGCAUACGAUGUUUUGAUAUUUGCUCUUAAAUCAAAUGCAUUCUGACAGUGUCAGGCAAUCCAAGUUUCUGGUGUCAAAUAGGGAAGGAUUGUGGCUCUAAAAUAGUCACUUUUUUAUAUUGUGAAUCUUCAGAUUAAGAAUUCUGCAGUUGUGUUUUUCCCUAAAAGUCAGGGUAGGCUUGUGAAAAGUUGUUAAACAACAUACUAAAUGUGAAAGUGUCGCCCUCACUCUAAACUUUCCCUGUUCCAAGUAUAAAUUGAAGAUUCCUCAUUGGGUUUUAUAUAGUAACUUUACAUUUUGGUAGUCCAAGAAGGAGGGGAGUUGGAACUUGUUGUAAAACAUUGCAGAUUGUAGCCCAUGUCCUGCCUGAAUACCAUUGAUUGUUUUAUGAAAAGUACCUUUAAUAAAGCUGGAUAUCGUUUGGCUUGGACUGUU